AUGGAGACUUCAUUUUUCUAGUACGUUUAUCUCUUUGGAUAUAGCAGUUUGAGACUUUGAGCAGAGGAAGAAGAAACUAUAUACAUACAUACAUGAAUUACCAGAGGAGUAAAUAUGCGAGUGAUAUCUUGUUGGUACAGGUUUGAUACUAGGAAUCUGGAGAGAUCUUCAACCUUUCUAUCUGUAAAUGGGAAUUUUAAGAAUGUUACACGGCGCAUAAAAAAUGUUUACGGGAAGAUAAAAACCCUUGAAUGCUGGAGGAAGACUGUGUUGUUUGUUUGUGUUGUUGCUUUGGCUAUUGAUCCUCUGUUUUUCUUUAUCCCUGUGGUUGAUUCUCAUAGAUUCUGCUUUACUAUGGACAAAAGGCUUGGAGCAGCAGUUUGUGUUUUGCGUACCUUUAUUGACACAUUAUAUGUGAUUCACAUCAUUUUUCAUUGUAUAACCGUGGUCAUUGCUCCUCGUUCUCAAACCUCUUUGAGAGGCGAGAUUGUGGUGCACUCUAAGGCUAAAAGGAAAAGACGUAACUUGUCUUACUUCAUUAUUGACAUUCUUUCUAUUCUCCCCAUUCCUCAGAUGGUGGUUCUCGGUCUCAUUCCAAGAAAGAAACAAACCACCUCACUGGUGACGAAGGAGACACUGAAAUGGGUCAUGUCCUGUCAAUAUAUACCGAGAAGCAUCCGUAUCUAUCCAAUAUUCUCAGAAUUGACAAGAGCUUCUGGUACAGUAGCCGAAACGAAGUGGGUUGGAGCUACUUUAAACCUUUUCCUCUACAUGCUUCCGAGUCAUGGGAUCGGGGCUUUCUGGUACUUGAGUGCGAUUGAAAAAAAAGAUAGCUGCUGGCGACAGGCGUGUUCAGAGAAACCUGGAUGUAAUCUCAAGAAUCUCUACUGUGCAAGAGGUGGCACAGACAACAGUCGUUUCCUGAACACUUCAUGCCCAUUAAUUGACCCUGACCAAAUCACAAACUCUACAGUCUUCAACUUUGGUAUGUACACUGAUGCAAUGAAGUCUCGUGUGGUAGAGUCAAGGGAUUUUCCAAAAAAGUUCUUCUACUGCUUUUGGUGGGGUCUCCGAAACAUAAGUGCUUUGGGCCAAAACCUGGUUAUAAGCAACUCUGUAAGGGAGAUUAUUUUUGCUAUCAUCAUCUGUGUCUCUGGUUUACUCUUGUUUGCUGUGCUCAUUGGAAACAUUCAGAAGUACUUGCAAUCAACUACUAUUAGAGUAGAUGAAAUGGAGGAGAAAAAGAGAGAUAUAGAAAAAUGGAUGUCCAAUCGAAUGCUACCAGAGUAUCUGAAAGAACGCAUUAGGAGAUACGAGGAUUACAAAUGGCGAGAAACUAGAGGCACCCAAGAGGAAGCUCUUCUUCGCAGCCUUCCAAAACAUCUUAGAAUGGACAUUAAACGCCAUCUUUGUCUACACUUGUUCAAAAGGGUACCUUUGUUUGAAUUUAUGGAUGAUCGGGUACUAGACGCACUAUGUGCUCGUUCGAAAACGGUUUCUUACACAGAGAACACUUACAUUGUGCGCCAAGGUGAACCUGUCGAGGAUAUGUUGUUUGUAACGAGAGGAAAGCUGAAAAGCACAACCACUUAUGGUGGCAAAAAUGGAUUCUCUAAUUCUUUUCGCUUAGGGGCUGGUGAUUUCUGUGGAGAAACUCUAUUUAAUUGGGCUCUAGAUCCUAACGCCUCUCACUUCCCUAUCUCUAGUAGAACCGUUCAAGCUCUGACAGAAGUCGAAGGCUUUCUUCUCUCAGCUGACGAUCUCAAGUUUGUCUCUACUGAAUACCGUCUCCUCCAUAGCAAGAAACUACGGCACAUGGUCAGGUUUUAUUCAGUGCAAUGGCGAACAUGGGCAGCAUGUUUUAUACAAGCAGCAUGGAAGAGACAUUGUAGAAGGAAGCUCUCGAGGGCUUUACGUGAAGAAGAAGGCAAACUACAUAACGCUCUUCAGAACGAUGAUUCAGGAGGCAAUAAGCUUAACUUAGGUGCUGCGAUUUAUGCAUCUAGGUUUGCUUCUCAUGCUCUUGGGAAUCUCAGGGCCAAUGCUGCAGCAGCACGCAACUCUAGGUUUCCUCAUAUGUUAUCUUUGUUGCCUCAGAAACCAGCCGAUCCUGACUUUCCUAUAGAAAUAAGGAAUGAGCACUGUUGAAGCCAAUCAGUCUAUGUGAUGUGAUCGCUUGUGAUUUCAAUUAAUUAUGUAACCAGAAAAGUUCUGUCUGUAAAACUUUUGAUAUUUUACUACUUAAAGAAUAUCAAUUAGCUUUGGUGUU